UCGUUCUGUCUGAAACCCUAACCUCUCGAUUCGACGACACAAAGACCGAAAUGGCGAGGCGAACCCGUUCGCUUCUCCGCCACCUCUUCCGUGAUGCCGAAGGCAUCGUCUCGCCGCGGUCCCCGCGUGGCCGCGCCGAGGCCCGGCGUUUCGUGACCUACAUGCCCCGCCCCGGGGACGGAGCCCCGAGGCCCGUGACCUUGAUCCCAGGCGAUGGGAUCGGGCCCCUCGUCACCGGCGCCGUGCAGCAGGUCAUGGAGGCGAUGCACGCGCCGGUAUACUUCGAGACCUAUGAGGUCCACGGCGACAUGACCACGGUGCCCGCAGAGGUUAUCGAGUCGAUCCGGAGGAACAAGGUCUGCCUCAAGGGCGGCCUCAGGACGCCGGUGGGCGGAGGGGUCAGCUCCCUCAAUAUGCAGCUGAGAAGGGAACUCGAUCUCUACGCGUCGCUCGUCCAUUGCUUCAACCUUCAGGGACUGCCGACCAGGCAUGAGAACGUGGAUAUUGUGGUGAUCAGGGAGAAUACCGAGGGGGAGUACUCCGGUCUGGAGCACGAGGUCGUUCCUGGCGUCGUGGAGAGUCUCAAGGUGAUUACAAAGUUCUGUUCUGAGCGAAUUGCCAAGUAUGCUUUUGAGUACGCAUACCUUAACAACAGAAAAACAGUCACGGCUGUGCACAAGGCCAAUAUUAUGAAGCUUGCAGAUGGUCUGUUCUUAGAAUCAUGUCGUGAGGUUGCAAAAAAAUAUCCAGGGAUAAAGUAUAAUGAGAUCAUUGUUGAUAACUGCUGUAUGCAACUCGUUUCAAAGCCUGAGCAGUUUGAUGUUAUGGUCACACCAAAUCUUUACGGCAAUCUGGUGGCGAACACAGCUGCAGGUAUUGCUGGAGGCACUGGUGUCAUGCCAGGAGGUAAUGUUGGUCAAGAUCAUGCAGUGUUUGAGCAAGGUGCUUCAGCAGGCAACGUAGGGAAUGAGAAGAUUGUGGAGCAGAAGAAGGCAAACCCGGUGGCCCUGCUGCUAUCAUCUGCGAUGAUGUUGAGGCACCUGCAGUUCCCAUCCUUUGCAGACCGGCUUGAAACCGCUGUGAAGCGCGUAAUAGCAGAAGGCAAGUACAGGACUAAAGACUUGGGAGGAAGCAGCACGACCCAAGAAGUCGUUGAUGCAGUCAUUGCAAAGCUGGAUUAAAAGCAGUUGAUGCAGUUUUUGCUUGUUGUUGUUGUUGAUUACUUGUUUUUAUACGCAAUUUUUGCAGGAUUUGCUCAUGGAAUCCAAUGAGACGUCAUUUUUGUAUAAUAAUACAAGGAUCUGUCACUGAAUCCAGGUGAUAUUUUGCAUGAAGACAAUUCACCUGUGAAUUAAGCAGGUUGCA